AUGUCCGAUUCGGAUGUUCUCCAGUCUGCAGUGCGCGUGCCCACGCCUCCCCCGGGCGCGUCGUACUCGCCAGCCGCAGCAACUCGAAAACGCUCGCCUCCGUCUCGUUCUCCCUCUCCAAAUCGUCGCCGAUCGCCUCCCGGUGACUCCCUUCGAGAAGGUCCCGAUGUUCCCAAUGUCGACGCAGAACGUGUCGACGACAGAGAACGGCAACUCGCCGAACGUGUUCGCGAACAUGAGAAGCGCGAAGCGGCGCGCAAGCCGAUGACCGAGGAACAAAAGCAGGCUUCAGCAAAAGCAGAAUACGAAAAGCUGCUCAAUAUGCGAUCCGGUGGCACUUACAUCCCUCCGGCCCGACUCCGUGCGUUACAGGCGCAAAUCACGGACAAGACGAGCAAGGAAUACCAGCGCAUGGCGUGGGAAGCUUUGAAGAAGUCGAUCAAUGGUCUUAUCAACAAAGUCAACGUUUCCAACAUCAAGUUCAUUGUCCCGGAACUCUUUGCGGAGAACUUGGUGAGAGGUAGAGGGUUAUUCUGUCGGUCGAUUAUGAAGGCGCAGGCCGCUAGUUUGCCCUUCACUCCAAUUUACGCAGCGAUGGCGGCUAUCGUCAACACCAAGCUUCCGCAGGUUGGUGAUUUGUUGCUUACCAGGUUGAUUGUCCAAUUCCGCAAGGCCUUCAAGCGAAAUGACAAGGCAGUCUGCAUUUCCUCUACAACUUUUAUUGCGCACCUCUGCAAUCAACAAGUUGCCCACGAGAUGUUGGCAGCUCAGAUCCUGCUACUUCUUUUGCACAAGCCAACGGACGACAGCGUGGAGAUUGCCGUGGGCCUUACUCGAGAAGUUGGUCAGCAUCUGGAGGAGAUGAACGCUCCUAUCGCACUCGCCGUAUUCGACCAAUUCCGAAACAUUCUACACGAGGCCGAUAUUGAUAAGCGUGUGCAAUAUAUGAUCGAAGUGCUCUUCCAGGUGCGCAAGGAUCGAUACAAGGACAACCCAGCAAUCAAGGAGGAGUUGGACCUAGUAGAGGAGGAAGAUCAGAUCACACACCGUGCCGGCUUGGACGACGAGCUCGAAACCCAAGACACUCUCAACAUCUUCAAGUUUGACGCGGAGUGGGAGGAGCAUGAGGAGGCCUACAAGAAGUUGAAGGCCGAGAUCCUGGGCGAGGAGAGUGACGAGGAAGAUGAGGAACGGUCAGAUGAAAGCGAAGAGGAAGAAUCCGACACAGAAGAAGUACAGAUGGAUAUCAAGGAUCAAAGUAAUACUGAUCUGGUCAACCUUCGACGAACAAUCUACCUCACAAUCAUGUCCAGCAUUGAUUUCGAAGAAUGUUGCCACAAGCUGAUGAAGAUCAACCUGCCGGCCGGGUUAGAGCAUGAACUUCCGUCCAUGAUCAUUGAAUGUUGCUCUCAGGAACGGACAUACUCCAAAUUCUAUGGCCUGAUCGGAGAGCGAUUCGCUAAGAUCAACCGACUCUGGUCAGACCUGUUUGAGGCUGCCUUUGCCAAGUACUACGAUACCAUCCAUCGUUACGAAACAAAUAAACUGCGCAACAUUGCCCAGUUCUUCGGCCAUCUCAUCAGCAACGAUGCCAUCGGUUGGCAUGUGUUGUCUGUGGUUCAUCUCAACGAGGAGGAGACCACAUCCAGCAGCCGUAUCUUCAUCAAAAUCCUGUUCCAAAACCUCGCAGAGAAUCUCGGUCUGCCUGGACUUCAGGCCCGCUUUAGGGAUGAUAUACUGCGACCGAGCUUCGAGGGUCUCUUCCCCACGGAGAACCCACGCCACACUAGAUUCUCUGUCAACUACUUCACCAGUAUCGGUAUGGGUUGCCCGCUUUGGCUGCACGAGCCGCCUCUCGAUCCCCGUCGCGCACCCCAUCUGAUCGAUCCCGUUCUAUGUGCUCAACAUGCACUGGAUCUCCUCACUCCCGCCGUUCCCGGUCACCUUCCUACUCCCGCUCUCCUUCUAGAGACCGUGGCCGCUCCUACUCUCGCUCUCCUUCUAGAGACCGCGGCCGUUCCUACUCUCGCUCCAUCACUCCCUCUUCCCGAGGCCGAAGCUACACACCUUCACGCUCUCGCUCCCCAGUCCGUCGCCGUCGUGACGCAUCGGACAGUCGGUCCCGGACUCCCGCAGGAAGAUCCCGAUCCCGAUCCAUCUCCCGCACGCCGGCCAAGCGCAGUCGAGCACGUUCCCACUCUUACGACUCGCGAAGCCCAAGCCGCAGUCCCUAUCGAUCUCGCCGCUCGGUUACUCGGUCUGUCACACCACCGCGCCGAGGCCAAAGCCCUCCCACCCGGAGAAACCGCAGUUACUCCAGAUCGGUUUCCCGGUCUGUCACACCUCCGCCUCGUCGUGAGCCGGCGUCCAGAGGCGCGAAACGCUAUUCGUCCGAAUCCGUCUCCCCCCUCCCCGCCGACGACGUGA